GCUAAGGCGGCGGAGGAGGAAGCGAAAGAUGGAGAAACUCGAAAUAAAAAAGAGGAAAAGAGGAAAAGAAGAAGCGAAAGAUGGAGAAGCUCGAAAUGAAAAAGAGGGAGGAGGAGGAAGCUAAGGCGGCGGAGGAGAAACGGUUAGCAGAACAAAGGCGGAUUGCAAGAAAGGAAGAAAAAUUGAAGAAAGAGGAGGAUGAUCGGCAACUGCUGAAGAAGGAGAUGCUUAUGGAAAUCUCUCUCCGAAUGGGGCAACUCGAUGAGUCGCUUCAGCGCGGGUACGAAAGGGACAUGAGGGAGCGAAUUAAAGGAAAACAGAAGGUUGUCGUUUCGUCUUCUGACGAUGAAGAGGCUGGAUCUUACGAGAGCGAUGUGGAGUCUCUCAGCCGUAAGACGGAGCAGCUUGUUAUUUCGGAGAAGAGAAAGAGAAGCAGGGAGAAACCUGUGGGUGAUAGUCCACCUAUGGAAACGCCCGCCAAGCGGACGCCCAAGCGACGUCUUCAGUUGGGAUGCCGUCACCCACCGAUCAUGAAGACUCCUUCAAGGAAGACCCCUCGGAAGACUCCUGUGCGGAGGAAGGGAAAGAUCGCGGCGGUUCCGGGGACAAUGGGUAAGCUGAGAUACGUUACGGAUAACAUGAGGGAAUUGGGGAAUUUGACGGAGAUUACGGCUGGUUUGGAAGGAUGGGUCAAUUGGAGAGGACCGAUACCAGUGAUUGAGAGAAGGGAUGUGGAGACUUGUUUGACUGGUGAACCGGACGUUAAUACUAAGUUCUUGGACAUGCGGGAAGUACACUGCCUGAAGGUAAGACUGGAUGGGUUGGUGAUCACGCCGUUGGACCGGAACCCAGGUGAUACCCUGGUGCUGUGCCCAAAGCUGUACUUCGAGGCCAUGCUGGAACUGUUUAUAUCAAGCACUGGAUAUGUGGUGUCUGAUAAACAAGAGGAGGUAGUUAUGAAUGCAAUAAGAGAGGAGUUGUCUGAAGCGGGACUGAUGAAGUUGGCACAGUGGGAUAAGAAGGGAAAGAUUGGUGAGGCCUAUGCUAUACCAAAGCACAAGGACCUCGCACGCUUUCACCCGAUCUGUCCUACCUAUCUGGAGCCUACAAUCAGAGGUUGCAGGAUUGUAGCCAAGGUACUCAAUCACUUGUUAUAUAAUCUUCCGCGGGACUGACACUCUGAUCUUAAGUCCGUGGCCUCACUGGUCCCGAUGUUGGAUUCGAUCAACAAAAAGAUCGGAAGAAGAAUGGGUAUUAAUUAUGUGGUGUCUGCGAUGUCCUACGACAUAAAGACAUGUUCAGUAAAUUACCCCAUGACGU